UUCAGUGAGGCAACGAUCAUUUUGGCGCGCUCACGCCAUCUGUUUAAAUCCAUAGACUAAUAAUUUAAUUCAUUAUCUGUGAAAUGUGUGUCAAUGCGUUAGUUUUUUAAUAACGUACUUUUUAUUUGUGCGCGCUUUUCGGAUUUUAAAUUAUAUACAAUGGCGCGUUCACGAUCGAUAAAAUUAGUCACAGCCUUGAUUCUGCUCGCUUUGCAAACCACCACGGCCGCUAAAACUAACGCUAGACCAGUUUAUGAAGUGAUAAAUGAACAAGCGAGGAUGGACGAUAUAAGAUUGUCGAGUGGUCCCUCCAAUCUACCAUAUGGUAAUCCGUUAGCUGGUAACUCUGCACACAAUGCCAGGCUGCACGCUAGCAAUCAGCAGGCGAUGUUCAACGCUGAAAGAAUACGACAGCACAAAGCUCAACUUCAAAGAUUAACACAAGGUCCCCCAAUAAUCGAUAGUUACAUGAAAGCUUAUCAUGAGUCGCAAGAGAGUCAUCAACUGGCACUAGAACAACAACAAGCUAUCAUUAGAGAUGAUGUAACCACGCAACCCAGUAUUCCACGUAAGCAAAUUAGAGUCAGAGUACCACAAAACUCUAAACCAAGAACUCCACAAAGCACUCGCGAUAUACCAGCUAGAAAUGUACAGAGAACGCAAAUUCCAAAAACAAACCAAAGACAAGAAUUUAAAAGUAGAACCGCAAACGUGGAAGCAAUGGAAAAGUUAAUCAGAGCAAAUUCAGUCAAGGAAAGAAAUAGAAACCAUAGAUCAUAUGACUCGGUUGAAUACCAACAAUAUUUGGAAUCAAAACAACCGCAAACUAAUGUACCAAAUACUGCAUUUGAAGAGGGCGUAACAAUUAAACCUAAUGGAAAUAUUGGUCUUGCUCAGGAACAAAAACAAGCAGCUAGCAUUUUACAACCUAACGUUCUAUACAAUGGAAAAUAUAUUCCAAAGAACGUACAAAAUUACCAUGCAGCCAAAGAAAUAAAUACACUGGAAUUAUUGUUGAAGAAAAACCCUAAAGAACAGUUGUCGGAAUUCAAAACAUUGGUUGACUCGGAUAGAUCUUUUGAAAGCGAUGAAAAUAGUCAUGCACCUUUGGAUUUAUAUUAUUAUCUCAAAGAUCCGUCGCAAACACCCUCCAACAAUUAUGAUCAAAUUUAUACUGAACAGCCACAUACUUAUUCGAGUGAUUACUUAAACGAUUACACUCCCAUCACUGAAGAAAUAGAUGACAUCGAAAACCCAACACCGUAUAAAAGCACUUACGUCACCCCUCAGCUGUCUACUGAAGCGCCAAGAAUUGAAUCAAGUACUCUUCACACAAAUUAUUACAAAGUAGAAGUAGCUAGUCAAACUGUUAGUACUGAUUAUAAACCUAGUAAAAUAAAUGAGGAAUUGAUAUUCAAUGGCGACCCAUCAUAUGAAAAAACACACUACGGCUAUCAACCUGAAGAUCCAGAACAUGAUAUAAAUGAAAGUUCAAAGUUCAAAGGUGUUCAACAUUUAGCAGAAGAUGGAACGGGAGUAUCGGCAUACGGUGAUGAAAAUUUACACUACGCAGCGAACUACGAGUUUGGGUACAGAGUUCGCGACUCCGACAGUGGCAACUUCUACGGCCAGUACGAAGCAAAGAAAGGAGAAAGCACCAAAGGUCAUUACCACGUUUUGUUGCCAGAUGGAAGAAUGCAACAAGUGGUUUAUUCCGCGGGACCAAGUGGUUACCACGCUGACAUUAGUUACGACCAUUUAAAAAACGAAUAAGUACAAAAAAGGGAAAAUAAUGUCAAUUCAGUAUUAAAAUCAGUAAAUAAUGAUUGAAUGAUUCUUAAUAUUUUGGAAGGCAUUUUAUAAAUUUUAGCUCACUAGGGUAUCCCAAGAAUUGAUAUUAAAUUGUGAUAAGAUUAUUUCUUCUAUAGCUAGGUUUAGGUCAUUCUUUGACUGUUGUUAGUGCAAAUAAAACACAAUAACUUUCAAAUUUAUUUAAAUUAAAAAUAAUACAUUAGUACUAAUUUCUAAAGUGAAACAAAUGUUAAACGUUUCUACAAACGGAACAAGCCUUAUAUUAGAAUUACUUAAAUUUCACUUUUUUUGAAAGAACCUUUUAAAUACUUUUAGACGUGUUCAAAACACGAAUGCUCUUCAAAAAAUGGCGGCAAAUAUGGUCAUUGUCAAAUUAUAUAGCCAAAUGAGUCUCAUUCCCGCCAUUGCUUCAUGACAAGUGAAAACGCUAGAAAGCUGUUAUUUUAACAAGCAAAUUAUUUUCGUAAGCUGACAUUAUCUCGCUUCCUGCGUUACAUAAACUUGCUUAUGGGUUAUUGCAUCAUCAUCAGCCCAUACAUUAUGUUCCCACUGGACACGGAUCCCACAUACCUAUAGUCAAUAUAAUACUGCAUACAUACAAAACCAUCAAAGGCCACCGAACGGCACCUAACGGCUAUUUAAUGGCUUUUUAUCUGUACGCAUCUUAAAACGAAAGCGUUAGAACUGUCACUGUCAUUAUAUGAUGUAAUAGUUGACAAUGUCAAUAGUCAUGAGCUCUAUGGAAGUUAUAAUGAGCGGUAAUCAAACAUAUUCAAUUUCACUUUUUUGCGCUGAGUAAUAUAUCUUACGAGCUUCUUACGAGUCAAUCAUUUUACUUACAAUAGAAAUAUUAUAUCAGUGGCUAUCGCUUUUAUAAUAGGGUGCCCUACGUUGGUCAUGUUAUUAUUGAAUAUGCGAUUACUGUUUAUUCGCUUCUAAAACUUAAUAAUACCUAGCUUAACCACUUUCAACAUAACGGUCAUUUUUAAGCUUUAUUUAACAGAUAGCUGUUAGUAUUUAUUACAUUCUAUGUUACCUUAGUAUGGAAAAAAUGCAGUUACGUACAAAAAAUUUAUUCAUAGUUGCCUUAAAUAAAUCUGCAAUAAACCAUACUAAUUGCAUUUUAACCCAUUGAAUGGAUACUGGUGUUGAUAUUGUUAUAAUUAUGUUUAAAUUGAUUUCAAUGCUGUUGCAUGAAACGCAGCCAUUAAUUUUGUCUUUAUAUAUACCUAUCGUGAUAUUAAU